AUGCAGCUUUUUGAAAUUCUAUCUAACUUAGAAGAGACGGAAAGUUCGAUAAAGAUAACACUAACUCAAGUUAUAGAAGCAAGUGAUCAGAACAAUUCUUCCAUCUAUGACUUUCGCAUGAAAAAGCUGAAAACGCUACUCGACCAAUUCAACAGAUACUUAGAAAUUGCCUCUCGGGUUCCCGAAUCACUGAUCGAAGAAGAUACAAAUUUGAACUAUUCGCAAAAGGUGACUGGCUAUCUUGGGUUUGUCUCACGGAUCGAAAAAAAGAUUCCACCGCGACCAACUGGCGAUAUUUCUGGUAACGCGGAGGAACUCCCGCUGAUUCAACAAAACUCGACAGAACAAAGUGAAACCAAAGUACCAAAAAGUGGCAAAGACUCUUACAUUCAAUUGAACGAGAGACUCGAAGAAAACCCUUUUGAGAGUGCAGCGAGUAAUGGCGCAAGAGACAUUUCUUUCGACGGUGAAGUGGUGAACACAAAAAGUAAAAAGUGCCUUAUCUAUUCGCUUUGUGGUGCUCUUUCUUUUACGUUUUGUGUCUUACUUGUUGGUAUUGCUCUCAUCCUUCUCAUCAAAUAUGUAUAA